CUCGUACUCGAACUCUCGGUAGGGACACCGUGACACACAUGAGUGGCAGCGCACUAACGGUAUCACCAGGCUGACCUACUCUUGAGGCCGUCGUCGCACCUCUCUCCCUGGCCGACCGACCAGCCGUAUUUGCUGUUUCACUCGGAGAAUAGGAGUACACACUUUUUCCUUCGAACUUCGAUGGGUACCCCGGUACCGAUGACAGCCAGUAAUCAGAGUCCCCUUGACUGCAGAGGAGCUACCGUCCAGUCGAGAAUGCCUGACAUGUAGCCGUUCGUCGUGGGCAACGUCAGUACAGCACCAACCCCACGGAGGCAAACCGAUUGUGAAAACUAGCUGGCUAAUGUGGUGUACUUUUACAGUGGGUGCUUUAGUGGUGCUAGAUCAACUGAGGCUAGACAGGUGCCUCUAGUGUUCCAUUUACUAUUGCAGUGACUACAGUGAACCAGUGACACUGAUUUUCGGAUUUACGCGCCCUGUCUGUACCAGACCACUGAAACUAUGAGGAUUUUCAUUUUGCUUGUAUUUUGGGUUCUUAAAUUGCAGUUGAGUAGAUGUCAAAGCUUCAAAGGUGGCAGUUCCGGAAACUUUGGAUACGAUGCCUCCUCAGCGUGUAGUAGGCCCUACUCAAGAUCGGCAAGAGCACGAUUUGAAAAUCUUCCCUGUGACUUCAGACACCAGAACUGGUGCACCGUUCCUGGAAGUGCAUACCCAUGGCACGCGGUGCGUCGUUUCGUUCAAGAAAAUCAAGGACUGAUGCGACGCAUGUACGGAGAUGAACGACACAUCAACGUCCUAAGAGCAGAAAUAGAUAAUAACGAUGUCACUGAGGCUGAUGUCGAUGAAGAAUUCUUUCAGCCAGUUGAUGAUUCCACAUACUUUGAGCACGAAGAUGACUAUGAAGAGUUCGAAGAUGACGAUCAAGAAAGCACGGAGGGGUUCGGGGACAGAAGCUUUACAAGCAGAGCUUUUGACGACUCUAGUGGUAGAAGAAGAUUCAGCAAGUUCCCAAAAUUGGGAGAUUAUUCGCGACCUCAAUUCCGACCUGCCAGUACCAGGACGACAUCAACGUUAACGACGAGCGACUCAACAACGAAGGCAGCGGUUACUAAAAGCGAAGAAAAAACUAUCAACAAUUCUACAGAUCAACAGAAUGAGACGAUCGUAGAAAAAACUACAACACCGGUAGUAACUUUGGCCCAGAUUGCUAACGUACAGAAUCUGAGCAUCAACGAAAUUCCGGACAGACAGCCGGACAACCUAGACGUAAAAUUAGAAAAUCUCACAGAUCUGCCCGAAACUGACACAACGACCACAGAACGUAUGACUUCUGAAAUGGAAGUAACUACGGACUUACCAACAACUGUAAUGGUGGACCCCCUUGAUGUCGAACUCGGUGACGAACCAGCCAGAAACAGUCCGAACAAAGGUCCAGGUAUCGAGCAGCUAUUUGCUGCCACAGAGCAGCACUUUCGACCGAGACCAGAAUACAGACCACCAGAAGUGAGACCGGGAACUGCUUCGCCAAAUGCGGGAGGACAACUGUUCCAAGACGUUGCUGCGAAAGAUCAAGCGCCGCCGAUCCUGAGGCCAAGAGGAGUAAACGCCUGUCCAGUAAAAGAAGAAGUCGUCGCACCGUUCUGGGCGAAUAACACUCGUGGCGAGGUACUCGCCCUCCUAAACCUUUAUCCGUUCGAGCAGUACGUACAUUGGGAGAAAUGCACGAACGAGAACAAACAGAUGCACUGCCGGGAUGGGUGUAGGUGUGAACAGCAGUUCAGACUUCACAGGUUGCUGGCCUAUGAUCCAAAUAAUGAGUGCCGAGGCAUCUUCAGCGACUGGUUCAAGUUUCCAAGUUGUUGCGUCUGUCGAUGUUACGAUUUACCGGUUGAAUUUCGAGUCACGUCUCGUUCGCCAAGGGCGCAAAAACCCCGUCGUAAAACUAAAAAUCAAGUGCAGUCCCAAUGGUACACGCACUGAGCACAGAUCGGAGGUCAAAACACAGCCUACAGAACAUCGGUUGGAGAAUUAUCCGCAAUACAACACAAAGCUUUUAAAUACGUAGUAUUAAUUGUCUGAUGACGAGGUCAAAUCAUCGAGAAUAUUUAUUAUACGUAGAUAUAACGUUGAGUAUCUGCCACUGUGAUUGAGAUUAAAUUUAUGUUCACUUUGGGAGUGCCAAAUUCCGAAUGAGCGAUGAGAGUCGUGAGCGGAAUCCAAAAUCAGUUUGUCACUGUUCAAAUGAAGAAAAAAAUAAUAUGUCACAUGUAAACGCACAAACUUUCAUUUUCAUGGUAAUUCUCAAAAUUUUAGCACGUUAAUUAUAUUUUUAUGCUCUAUUAACGAUUGAAUAUGAAUAACAUACUCACAACAACAGGUUGUUAAAACAAUUAAUAACGAAAAUGAAACAUAUUCUUAAGAUUUUUUACUAUGUGGCCGUUUUUGUUGAAUAUAUGUACAUGUUACUUGACAAUCACCGCAGACAUACCUAAAUUCAGAAAGAACCGACCCACGUCCCAGUGUCUACUCACUACUGCCCGUGACUACGCCUGGUGAUAAUUAUAACUUAUUAUAAAGCUUUGUUUGCCCAUUAUAAAAAUCCAUUUUCUUUGAGAUACGUUAACAUACGUAUAAUGUUAUUAUAACUUACACUUAUAUACUGUACAACAUUGUAACUGGUUGAAAAAUACUCAGGUCACUUUGUACAAGUGACAUGAUUUUUACAUUCUUCAACGGUCUGCCAUAAAACUGAUGUAAUUUCAGUGCAAACUGACAGAAGCAUGACCGUUCAAAAAGUAGAAGGGAGAAAUUUGGUUUUUUGUAAAAGAACGAACUUACGUUUUAUAGAACUUAAUGAAUAAUACGGGAAUUCAUGCACUUUAUUCAAUUUGUGUGACGAACAAAAUAAAGUAAAAGUUUGCUCUCACGAUAGAAAUCAAAUAGAUAAGUAAAAAGAUUUUCGGAUGUAAUUUAAUAUCGCGUGUCCAACGACAAAAGAUCGUAAGCAUUAUAAAUGCGACUUCAGUGGCAAAAAUAUGUAUAUUUUUUUUCCACCAUUCGCAACAAAAAUUUAUAUCGUUACAAAACCAAUUGGCGAAUCGGAAAUUAUUUGCGUAUUUGAAAAGGCUCAUAAUUGCAAUUAGUAAUCCAUUUCUUGUUAAUUCAUUACUUUAAUUUUAUUGUUUAAAUUAUGAAUAUAUAUACACCAUAUUCCUUAACUUACUGGAUAAUAUAUAAUAACAAUAAUAUUACGAACUAAAGCUGCCUAUUGUCAUAACAGUAUUCUAUAAAUUUCCGAAUAUUUAAAUUUUUUA